UCUAGGAAUAACUCGCGACAGCAGAGAGAGCCUAAACAGUAUUUCAUCGGUCAUUCGAAAAAGUUGAAACAAAAAGUGUACAUACCUAGACUAUACUAUAUUAUAAAUUUACAUAAACACAAAUUAUCGUAAAUGAGUGAAGACGUAUUCAGACGAAUAAAAGGCAGAUUAAAAUCAGAAUGUUAUUCAAUGAAUAACGAAUGGUUGAGAGAUUGUAUAGAGUUUUACGUAAAUCAACAUGAAAAUCCAGGUCCAGAGAAAAUUUUACAAUUUGUAAAAGAACAAUGGCAACUUAGUGAUUUGCGUAAAAUUAAUAAUGAAAAUGGAUGUUUACCUUGCAAUCUAUCGGAUAAAAAAUUUAUUAUUUUAUCUGGAAACUAUAUUCUUCAGGUAGAACAAAUGUAUGAUAUUGCAACAUCAAAGUAUAAACAAUUAGAGCAUAUUAGAAACACUCAUAUCUCAAAAAUAGAUCUAUCCGAAGCAGAAAAAAUGGAAAAAUGGCAACCCCCUAAAAAAAGAAUGAUACAAUUACGACUAACAGAUGGAUUGCAAGACAUAAUUGCAAUUGAAUAUAAUUAUAUAUCACGACUGAAUGAUAUAUUAUUACCAGGAUAUAAAGUUAUGAUAAUGGGCCCAUUGAAAUGUCGUAAAGGUGUUUUGUUAUUAGAAGAUGGAAAAUUGAAAGGAAUUGGUGGCGAAGUGGAUAGCUUAUUAAUACCUAAUGCAAUGGAAAAUGUUUUAGCUAGAGCUCUAAAUCUUUCAGAAAAUCCUGACCCCUAUAGUGAUAAUGAGACUAAAUCAAAUAACAUUAGACCAGAAGUACCACAAAUAGACCAAGUCCUUUUUGAAGAAGACUUCGAAAUAAAUCCUGAAGAUGUUUUUAAAACUGAAGAUUCCCAUAACGAAGAUCAUAAACAAUCGAAAAUUAAGAAUACAAACGCAGACAUUAAAAGAGUUCAAAGUUAUGAAAAUGAAGAAAUUUUGAAUGAUAAUGUUCAUUUUCAGAGAGAAAUUAAUAACGCUAAGACUGAAAUUAAGAGAAUUUUAAGUCAUGAAAAUGAAGAAAUGUUAAUCGAUGAUGAUUGUUUUCAAACAGAAAUUGAAUUUACCAGCAAUGAAGUUAAAACGGAUCAAAGUUGUGGAAAUGAAAAAAUCCUGGAUGACGACGAUUGUUUUUUAGAGAUGGUUGACGAAGAACAAUUUACAGAAGCGUCAAUGGAACAAAAGAAUAUUGCGUUGCCAUUUAGGACUUUGCCAAAAGAGGGAAGCGAUGACAUUAUUGUAAUAACCGAUGAGGAGGCUGUAGCAGAUGUAAAACAUGACGCCUUUAGAGAAACCAGAGAGAAAGAUUCGUCACAUUUAAAUUUCAAGUUGUGUACUGCCAAGACAGAAUCAUCAAUUUCCCAUUCAAAAAUUGGGAAAAAACAAAAAUCUUUGUUAACUAACGAAAAAAAAAGAGUUUCAACUUCUCCUCGUACAACAAUAGCUUCGAAGAAGGGUAGAAUGGAUAAACAGAUUACAGAAUUUAUGAAAGGAGUAGCUUCAGAAGAGCCGAAAAUUUGCGAAUUUAUCUACGAUAUUAAUAAUGAAAUAAUAACGACCACAACUUUUAAAACUAUUCGAGGUCACGUCGAAGUCCUCGGAAAACUAACAAAACAAGAUCAAUCUUGGAUUUUGCAAGCUACAAUAGCAGAUGGUACUGGAACAAUAGAAGUUUCUUUCUCAAAUAAGAUUCUAGAAAGUUUACUAGGUUUCAGUGUCCGAGAGUUUUCAUUGAGAAAGAAAUUGAGGAAAAAGAACCCAGAAAUUGAGCAUGAACUUAGGAUGAGUUUUCGUAAUGCAGAAAAAGAGAUGAAAGCUCUGGAUGCACUCUUAAAAUUAGAGUUAAAUAGAGAUGAAAGACCAACAGUAAUUGAAAUUACCGAUUUAACUCAGGAACAGAAAGAAAUAAUAGACAGGAAAGUGAAAGCUUUUUCACUUAAAAACAACAUUUAAAAUCAUAACUUAUUUUAAGUGGAAGAACAAUUCAAUAAAUCAUUGUGUUUAAUAAAUUAUCUUAUAAAAUAUAUAUGAAAGAAGUAAAAUAAACAUUUUGUAAUAAAUAUAACAAU